AUGUUUAAACCGAAAGAAAAGACCAGUACGAUUAACAAUGACCGAAUCCUUAACUACACCCACUAUUCGGAGUUACCCCUGAAGUUAGUAGGCUGUUGGGAUUGGUUCCCAGACGCCGUUGACAUGGAAAAGAUAAUCGCUAAUUACGUUUAUCUAUGCCUCGUGAUUUUCGUUUUAAUCAAUGUAACGGCUAUGCUUAUGGUCAGCCUGUAUUCCGAAUGGGUAGAUAUCAUGUCCAGCUUAGACAUGUUAGCAGAUUCCCUACCGUAUGUCGCAUCAGUAUUAGUGGUGGCAUAUUUUGCGGUGUACCGGGCGGAGUUGUAUGAGUUGAACGAUUUCAUGAAUAAGAAUUUCAAGUUCCAUUCGGCGCGUGGUUUGACAAAUAUGACGAUGUUGAAAAGUUAUAAAAUGGCGAAGAGUUUUGCGUACACCUACACGGUUUGCUCGCUGUGCAGUUCUACUAUGUAUGCUGUGGUGCCCAUGAUCAUUCAUUGGUGGACAAGGACUCCGGUGCAAGGCUGGUUCUUCAUGGAUGUGUCCAGAUCACCGUUUUUGGAGAUCUCCUUUCUUCGACAGAUAUUGUCACAAAUAUUUUUGGGCCUCGCUUUGGGUCAGCUUGGAGUAUUCUUCGCUUCGAAUUCGAUUCUACUCUGUGGUCAGUUGGACCUAAUCUGUUGCAGCGCGCGAAACGCCCGUUUUACCGCGCUUUUACAAAAUGGCGUCAAACACGCUUCCUUGGUUUCCCAAUACCACGACAUCUUGAAGGAUGAGGAGCACAAUUACAUUUACAACACGUCCGAAAUGGUGGAUUCCAUUUACCAUUACGAUGAGAAAGUGACUAACGAAUUUUCGCGAAUUGACUUUGACAUCUACAGCGCCACCCACGACGCCCACACCGCAGCAGCCCUCACAGCAGUGGCGCGACAGGGGCAGGUGGCAGCCGCCUACAAGCGCCGCUUCGAGCGGUUCGCGUCGCCGCUGCUCGUGCUGCGAGUCGUGCAGGUCACCCUGUAUCUGUGCACGCUGCUGUAUGCCGCCAGUCGGAAAUUGGACACCAUGACUGUUGAGUAUCUCUUGGCUGUGUCACUGGAUAUCUUCAUCUAUUGCUACUACGGGAACCAGAUAAUAAUACAGGCAGACCGGGUAUCCACGGCUGCCUACCAGAGCUCCUGGCAUACGAUGGGGCUCAAACCUCGGCGCUUGCUACUCAACAUACUAUUGGCUAACAAAAGACAAAUGAUAGUGCGUGCUGGCGGGUUCCUGCCGAUGGAUUUGAGGACCUAUGUUAAUAUAAUUAAGACGUCCUUUUCUUACUACACUCUCCUUGUCAAUGUAAAUGAGCACAAAUAGAUAAGUAUAUAAUAGGUAUUAUAAUAGUGUCAAGCUUUCAGAAAUGAGUAGAUACUUUAUAGAUAAAUGACCAAUCAUUAUACAAUUUGUAGCAAACCAAUAGAGCACAAAACAUAUUGAAAUAAAAGAUGAUA